AUGAUUAAAGUUAUUGCAAAUUCAGUUUAUGAUAAUAAUGAAAUACAACAACUUGAUAUAGUCGAUCUAGAAGCUUCUGUUUCAAACAAAAAUCCUUAUUAUUUAGCAGAAAAUGCGGGUUUAUACACUGACAUUAAUAACAGUACGCCAUUAUUACAAGAACAAGGCGAUGCUACAUUUUUGGAUGCGUUACCGACGAUAGAAGAAGGUAGUAUUACCGAAAAUGAGAUGAAUAGGCUAGUAAACAAUGAUAUGAAUGACAAUGAAAACAUUAAUAGUAACACGCAAAAAUUUGGAAGUCCCUCUUAUGAAAUAUCAAAGGACAUUGAAUUGGUGAAAAUUCAAAAUAAAGCUUUAUUUGAUAACCUUGAAAGAAUGCUAAGGAAGGUAAUUGAAGAGGAAUUAAAUAAAGUUAAAAGUAAUGAAGGUAGAUUUAAUGACAAUUCUGAACAAAUAACUAAACAAGAUAAGGAAAAUGUUGAGAAUGCUGAUGAUUGGGUCGAAGAUGAUAUUAAUGAUUCUUUAAUUAAUCGUAAUACAAUUGACCCUUUUGAACUAGUUUCUGCACAAACAUUAAAAACUGAAGAAGAGUUAGAAGAAGCUUAUGGUGCUUUCAUUCCACCUUUGACCGCUAUUGAACCAGAAACAAGUUUUCAAGAUUUAAAUGAAAAUAGUGAUAUUAUAUCUGAUAACAAUGAAAUUGAUCAGCAACAACCAAAUGUUGAGGAGCCUUUUGACAAUAAUAAUGAUAAAAGUGAACAGAAUGAGGAACAAAAACCAAAAAUGUCGCAAACUGAAGUGCCUGCUCUUCAACCAACUAAUACAAAUGUUGGGCCAGUGGUACCCAGUAAAAAAAAAGAGGCUAACAAGAAAAAUGAAACGGAAGAUUUACCCAUUGCGGAAUCAGAUCAGGAGCCAAAUUAUUUAACUACGCCGCAAACUAAUAUUAGUGGAAAUAAUAAUGAAACUAAUAAAAAUUUUAAUGACUUAAUUAGAAAACCUCAGUGGAAAAUACAAAAGGGCAAGCAAGUAUUGGAUGAUGAUUCUGAGAUCAAUAGAUAUAAAAGGGUUAUUCAUACUGACCCAGCAUUAUCUCGGCAAAAUAUAUUAAUAUCGAAAAAAUAUAACACUAGUAAUUCAACUGCUGACUUUUAUAUCAGUGAGCAAGAUGUCUCUAUUGGAUAUAAAAUUCGGCCAACAUUAAUGAAGUCAAACGUUGUUAAAAUAAUUGGAUUGUUCGUACUAGUUGGCCUAAUAUUAGUGUAA